UGUAGCACUUAACCACUACGCCACCAGGGUUUCCGUUUUGUGCACAGCUCAUUGAAUUCAGUUGAGUUAAAUGCCUGCUCGAUGCAAAUCCAUUGCAGUAUUAGCAUUUGGUUAUGAGCGGAAGAAUUAAUGCCCAGGGCUGGGCGCAUCCCGUCCCUCUGUCUAGCCUAUUGACACUCUCCCUUUCCUGUAGGCUAUGGACUCAGAAGAUGACCCCUUGCUGCAGGAUGUGUGGCUAGAGGAGGAGCAGGAAGAGGAGGAAGCCCCAGGUGAGGCCCCUAGUGGGGCCGAGAAGCCGGGGCCCCACCCUGGGGCAGGAGGGCAGUGUUGCUGGCGGCGCUGGACCUGGCCCUCUCGACCCCCGGCCUCGGGCUUCUGGAGUACCCUGGGGUGGGCCUUCACCAAUCCGUGCUGUGCGGGGCUGGUACUCUUCCUGGGCUGCAGCAUCCCCAUGGCCCUGUCUGCCUUCAUGUUCCUCUACUACCCGCCACUGGACAUUGACAUCUCCUACAACGCCUUCGAGAUCCGCAACCACGAGGCCUCGCAGCGUUUUGACGCCCUCGCCCUGGCGCUCAAGUCCCAGUUUGGGUCCUGGGGGCGCAACCGGCGCGACUUGGCUGAGUUCACCUCCGAGACGCUUCAGCGCCUCAUCUCGGAGCAGCUGCAGCAACUACAUCUCGGCAAUCGCUCCCGGCCGGCCGCCAGGACCUCGCGCUGCGUCCCAGUCGGUGGACCAGGUUUCUCCCGGGACAUCUCUGCGGCCCCCAAACCGGCAGUCAAUCAGAGUGGGCGUUGUCGGCGUGAGACCCCGCCCCUGGUGCAUCUGGCGGCCAACCAGAGUGAAGCUUCUCCGAACCCGAGGACCGACAAAAGUGGGCGGCUCCAGCCCAGCGCCCCGCCCCCCGCGGCGGCCGCAGCCAAUCAGAGCCGGGCUCGCCGCGGCGCCUCGCGCUGGGACUACUCGCGCGCAUACGUGAGCACCAACACCCAGACGCACGCGCACUGGCGCAUCGAGCUCAUCUUCCUGGCGCGUGGCGACGCCGAGCGCAACAUUUUCACCAGUGAGCGGCUAGUCACAAUCCACGAGAUUGAGCGCAAGAUCAUGGACCACCCGGGCUUCCGGGAGUUCUGCUGGAAGCCCCACGAGGUCCUUAAGGACCUGCCACUCGGCUCCUACUCCUACUGCUCCCCGCCCAGCUCGCUCAUGACCUACUUUUUCCCCACUGAGAGAGGUGGCAAGAUCUACUAUGAUGGCAUGGGCCAGGACCUGGCCGACAUCCGGGGCUCCCUAGAGCUGGCCAUGACUCACCCAGAGUUCUACUGGUAUGUGGACGAAGGCCUCUCUGCAGACAACCUCAAGAGCUCCCUUCUGCGUAGCGAGAUCCUGUUUGGAGCACCCCUGCCCAACUACUACUCAGUGGAUGACCGCUGGGAGGAGCAGCGUGCCAAGUUUCAGAGCUUCGUGGUCACCUACGUGGCCAUGCUGGCCAAGCAGUCUACUAGCAAAGUCCAGGUUCUAUAUGGGGGAACAGACCUCUUUGAUUAUGAGGUGCGCAGAACCUUCAACAAUGACAUGCUCCUGGCCUUCAUCAGCAGCAGUUGCAUCGCUGCCCUUGUCUACAUUCUCACCUCUUGCUCAGUGUUCCUGUCCUUCUUUGGGAUUGCCAGCAUUGGCCUUAGCUGCCUGGUGGCACUCUUCCUGUACCAUGUGGUCUUUGGCAUCCAGUACCUGGGUAUCCUCAACGGGGUGGCUGCUUUCGUGAUAGUGGGCAUCGGUGUGGACGACGUCUUUGUGUUCAUCAACACCUACCGCCAGGCCACCCACCUGGAAGACCCGCAGCUGCGAAUGAUCCACACCAUUCAGACGGCUGGCAAGGCUACCUUCUUCACCUCCCUGACCACGGCCGCUGCCUAUGCAGCUAACAUCUUCUCCCAGAUCCCAGCCGUCCAUGACUUUGGCCUGUUCAUGUCUCUCAUCGUGUCCUGCUGCUGGCUGGCUGUGCUCUUCACCAUGCCUGCUGCCCUGGGCAUCUGGAGCCUUUACAUGGCACCGCUGGAGAGCUCCUGUCAGGCCAGCUGCCACCAGAGCUGCAGUCGCAAGAGCUCCCUGCACUUUCCCAGGGACGUGUUUGCCACUCCUGAGCGGGCAGGGGGCAGCCCCACCCAGGGCCCCAUCCCCUACCUAGAUGAUGACAUCCCUUUGCUGAAUGUGGAGGAGGAGCCAGUGUCGCUGGAGCUGGGAGAUGUGUCCCUGGUGUCUGUGCCCCCUGAGGGCCUGCAGCCGGGCCCUGACAGAGGCAGCCGGGGCCAGCUCAUCGCCCAACUGCAGGAGCUGCUGCACCACUGGGUACUGUGGUCGGCUGUCAAGAGCCGCUGGGUGAUCGUGGGCCUCUUUGUCUCCAUCCUCAUCCUGUCCCUCGUGUUCGCCAGCCGGCUCCGCCCCGCCAGCCGGGCCCCCCUACUCUUCCGGCCCGACACCAACAUCCAGGUGCUUCUGGACCUCAAGUACAACCUAAGUGCAGAUGGCAUCUCCUGUAUCACCUGCUCAGGUCUUUUCCAGGAGAAGCCGCACAGCCUGCAGAACAACAUCCGGACAUCCCUGGAGAAGAAGAAGCGGGGCUCAGGGCUUUCCUGGGCCAGCCGGCCUGAGGCUGCCCAGCAGGAGUCCCUGGGCACUGUGUAUGUCUCCAAGGUGAAGAGUAAAGGCCACCCAGCCGUCUACAGGUUCUCCUUCAACGCCAGCUUGCCUGCCCCCUGGCAGACCGUGUUCCCCGGGGAUGGGGAGGUACCCUCCUUCCAGGUGUAUAGAGCGCCUUUUGGUAACUUCACCAAGAAGCUGACCGCUUGUAUGUCUACAGUAGGGCUGCUCCAGGCGGCGAGCCCCUCCCGCAAGUGGAUGGUGACGACCUUGGCCUGCGAUGCCAAGCGGGGCUGGAAAUUUGACUUCAGCUUCUACGUGGCCGCUAAGGAACAGCAGCACAGCCGGAAGCUCUACUUUGCCCAGUCCCACAAGCCCCCCUUCCACGGGCGCGUGUGCACAGCACCUCCUGGCUGCCUGCUCAGCUCUAGCCCCGAUGGUCCUACCAGAGGCUUCUUCUACGUGCCCAGUGAGAAAGUCCCCAAGGCCCGCCUCUCAGCCACCUUUGGCUUCAACCCCUGUGUGAACACAGGCUGUGGGAAGCCUGCUGUACGGCCGCUGGUGGAUACAGGGGCCAUGGUCUUCGUGGUCUUUGGCAUUAUUGGCAUCAAUCGUACCCAGCAGGUGGACAACCAUGUCAUCGGAGACCCGGGCAGCGUCAUCUAUGACAGCAGCUUCGACCUCUUCAAAGAAGUUGGGUACCUGUGUCGCCUCUGCAAGGCCAUCUCAGGGAACACAGAGCUGGUGAAGCCAGGCGGGGCCCAGUGCCUGCCCUCAGGCUACAGCAUCUCCUCCUUCCUGCAGAUGUUGCACCCUGAAUGCAAGGAGCUUCCUGAGCCCAACCUGCUCCCAGGGCAGCUGUCCCACGGGGCGGUGGGCGUCAAGGAGGGCCGCGUGCAGUGGAUCUCCAUGGCCUUCGAGUCGACCACAUACAAGGGCAAGUCCUCCUUCCAGACCUACUCAGACUACCUGCGCUGGGAGAGCUUCCUGCAGCAGCAGCUGCAGACGUUCCCCGAGGACUCGGCCCUGCGCCACGGCUUCCAGACCUGCGAGCACUGGAAGCAGAUCUUCAUGGAGAUCAUAGGGGUGCAAAGUGCCCUGUACGGCCUGGUCCUCUCCUUGCUCAUCUGUGUCGCUGCAGUGGCCGUGUUCACCACUCACAUCCUGCUCCUGCUGCCCGUGCUCCUGAGCAUCUUGGGCAUCGUCUGCCUCGUGGUGACCAUCAUGUACUGGAGCGGCUGGGAGAUGGGCGCCGUGGAGGCCAUCUCCCUGUCCAUCCUGGUUGGCUCCUCCGUGGACUACUGCGUCCAUCUGGUUGAGGGCUACCUGCUGGCGGGAGAGAACUUGCCACCCCACCAGGCCGAGGACCCCUCCUCACAGCGCCAGUGGCGGACACUGGAGGCUGUGCGGCACGUGGGCGUGGCCAUCGUCUCCAGCGCCCUCACCACGGUCAUUGCAACGGUGCCCCUGUUCUUCUGUAUCAUCGCCCCCUUUGCCAAAUUUGGCAAGAUUGUGGCACUCAACACAGGCGUCUCCAUCCUCUACACGCUCACCGUCAGCACCGCCCUGCUUGGCAUCAUGGCACCCGGCUCCUUCACCCGCACCAGGACUUCCUUCCUCAAAGCCCUGGGCACUGUGCUUCUGGCGGGGGCCCUGGGGCUGGGCGCCUGCCUCGCGCUCCUCCAUAAUGGUUACAAGAUCCCGCUGCCCACCGGGGCCUCCCUAUAGCCCUGCACCAGGCCUGACUCUUGCACAUCGGUGGUCCAGCGGGAGGCAGAUGAGGCGCUGUCCUUGGACCCCAGAAGCACGCUGUGGUCCAGCUGGGCUCCAGCUAAUUAUGUUCCCAGGCCUGGACUGGGAGGUGCCCUGCUGCCCAGCACGGGAGCUAAGGCCAUGUGGGGCGAACUCACACUGCCUUCAUCACAGCACCAAGCCAGAGCUGGGUGGUGAAACUGGCCUCUGCCCCGUGCAGCCGGGCUGCUGGCAGCCACACUGGGCCAGCCCUGCCUCGGCCCCCCCAGUCACCACAGGGACCAGGCCAUUUUCGUAGAAAUCCUCCCUGUUUGCAAAGCACUCACACUCCCUCAGUGCUCACAACAACUUUCUAAUGUGGGUGUUACGGGGUUGCCCAUUCUGUAGAUGUGAAAGCUGAGGCACCAAGAGGCAGUGACUGACCUAUGAAAAAAAAGCCGGUUACCGUCGAGUCAAUUCUGACUCAUAGCGGCCCCAUAGGACACGAGGGAACUGCCACAUAGUUUCCAAGGAACGCCUGGUGGAUUCAAAUUGCCAACCUUUUGGUUAACAGCCAUAACACUUAACCACUCCACCACCAGGGUUUCUGACUGACCUAUAGCUGGGUCAGUUGCAGACCCAGGGCUUCUGUAUGCAAGCCGGAGCUGCCUCCCAAGCCCCAUCCCACCCUCGGGGACUUUGCAGGAAAAGCACAGUGGGUUCAAGGGCAAGGGCCUUGCCUCCCCUACCCUCCUCUCAGCUUUACAGUACCCCAUGCAGAUGGCCCUGUGGUUCUCCCCACCCUAUUGGUCCUGGGCAGAGAGGACAGAGGGACCUGGCCCCAGCCUCAAGGGCACCUCUAAGACCCUUCCUGGGAGCUGUGGGGCCCCAACAUAGCCUUCCUCAGAGAUCUGAGCCUUCUUCUCCCCACCCAAAUCUAGAGGUGGCUUAUGUUGGGGACAGCCCUUGCGGGGAGGAGCUGGCUGUGCGUGCCUCCUGCUGGAAGUAGAUGGUUCCUUUAAAGUGAACUGAAACUGCAGACUGCUGCCAUUAACAUGAGCAUUUGAAGCAUCGCUGGCUCCAUCACAUUUUUAAGAUUGAGGUAACUGCGUGCUGCCCAGCAGAACCAGCGCUAAGGGUGGGCCUGGGCCAGGAAGAAUGGGGAUGUGGGGUGGAGGUGCCAACAGACUGCCUCUGGGUCGCACGGUGAGAGCAGGUUCAAAGACGCUCAUUUCUGGAAGAGGCCAUCCAGCUCCAGGGUGGGAUAUUUCUGAGCACCUCCAGUGUACUUGGCAUCAACACUGAUCUUUUUUCUUGGGAGCAGGUAGUGCUUCCUGGGCUUUAGUGAGUUGAAUGCAGGCUGGGAAGGGCCCUGGGAGUGGGAGAGAAGUUAUCGAUGGUAGUCCCCAGGCCAGCUCCCCUCCUUGUCUGUAAAUGUCGACUGGAGGCUGGGGAGCAGGGUAGACACGCUCCAGUGUGUGCCCAUACCUAGUACGUGCCUGGCGCGAAGAUGAUGCUCAGGAAAUGUUUGUUGAGGGAAUGUCAGACCUUUGCACUCCCCAUGUAAGGUGAAGACAGGCAUCAAGCAGUUAAUGAUGCCACCAGACAUGUAGCACUUCUGUGCCAGAUUCUCUUCUCAGUGUCCAGCUCACCUUGAGGAUGGGUGCUGGCAUCCCCAUUUUAUACACGGGGAAACCAAGGCUCAGGGAGAUGAAGGGACUUGCUGAGGUCACACAGCCAGUGCCCAGUGCCCGGGGGAGCCAGACUUUAAGCCCAGCAGCCAGCCUGCCCCGGGGCAUGUGGUGUGCCUCAGCCAUGAAGGUGCUCCACCCCUCAUUACAAUAGGGAUGAGGGUUACAGGGGACUGCCCAGGUCGGUGGUCAAACUAAGAGGCCUGUUGUUGGAAAGCCUGGGAUGAAAGGUUUGUAUUUGUGCAAUGCUUCACACUGAAGUGUUUUCCUGUUGGCCUUUUAUGAAGCCUGAGCCCUUGGGUACCCACCACCACCGUAAAGGAGAGCUUUGGCCAUGGGGAGGGCUGAGCUCCAGAACACACAGUUGUGAAGCUGCUGAUGGGGACUCUGGCUGGUCCCCAACCCAGGGCCUUGGGCAGCCCUCCUGUGGAGGCCUGUGCUGGUGGGCUCCAAACCCAGUACUGCUUCAGAGAACAGAGAACGUGGCAAGAUAAUGGGAAGGGCGGUGGAGGGGAUGGAGCCAGCAAUUGACACCAAACCCAUUGCCAUUGAUUCUGACUCUUAGCGACCCUAUAGGACAAAGUAGAACCGCCCCAUAGGGUUUCCAAGGAGCAGCUGGUGCAUUCAAAUUGCCAACCUUUUGAUUAGCAGCUGAGCUCUUAACCACUGUGCCACCAGGGCUCCGACAGUUGACAAGGCACCCCAAAAGGUGCUUUGAAAAAAGGAUGAACAUCUGGUCCUUGUCCUGAGCCCUUCCAAGUAACCUAAUUGUGAUGUGGAGGUGGGGUCAUUUGCAUAUAAUUUGCAUGCCAUCCAAAUCAUGCCUACUGGUCAAGAAACCCUCACUUAGCCCAUUUCCUGGCUUUUAAGAAGCAGCCCUCUUCUACCUUGGCCUCUAGUCAGAUGGCUAUGGGGUGUUGGCUGACAGGUCAAGGCUGACCACAGCUGGAAAUAAGGGUGCUGGAGGCCAAGGCCUUGGUAAU